AUGGCCGAGGCGCCAGAAACACCGCGCAAGCGGACCGCAUACAUCGCCCUGGGGAGCAACUUGGGCGACCGCAUUGGAUGGAUCGAGAAGGCGUGCAACGAGAUGGACGCGAGGGGCAUCAAAGUGAAGCGGACGAGCAGCUUAUGGGAGACGGAACCCAUGUACGUGCUAGACCAGGAUAGAUUUGUCAAUGGCGCAUGCGAGGUUGAGACGACCAUGGAGCCGCUGGAGCUCUUAGAUGCGCUGCAAGACAUCGAAAACAAGUUGGGCCGCAAGAAGGUCAUCGACAAGGGGCCUCGCAACAUUGACCUUGAUAUCCUUCUCUACGAUAACCUCCAGGUCAAUCAUGAACGCCUCACAAUCCCCCACAUCGGCAUCCCCGAACGUGAAUUCGUUCUCCGGCCGCUCGCCGAGCUCAUCCCCGACAAGCCAAUCGACCCGAACCGCCCCUGGCGGCUGACAGCCGACUACCUGGACGCGCUCCCGCCGUCCAAGACCCCACUCACCACCAUGACACCGCUCUCCUCGCACCACCCGCCCAUCCAGGCCCUCAACCCUUCCCGCAAGACCCACGUCAUGGCCAUACUCAACAUGACGCCUGACUCCUUCUCCGACGGUGGCCAAAACCUCCCUCUCCCACUCGACAGCAACACCAUUACCCCCAGCACCACCACCACCAAUGGCACCACUACCGACAGUACCACCGACCCCUCCACCGCCCUCCACCACACCAUCACGACCCUCCUCGACGCCGGCGCCUCCAUGAUCGACAUCGGUGGACAAUCCACCGCCCCCGGCACGCCCGAAGUGCCCCUCGCCGAGGAACUCGCACGAGUGAUCCCCGCCAUCCGGCUCAUCCGCACGCGCUUCCCCACCACCACCACCACCACCACCACCACCACCAGCUCACGCCCCGUGCUCAUCUCAGUCGACACCUACCGCGCCGCAGUGGCCUCCGCCGCCAUCGAGGCCGGCGCCGACAUCGUCAACGACGUCUCGGGCGGGUCGAUGGACCCGGCGAUGCUGGCGACGGUGGCGCGGCUCGGGGCGACCGUGUGCCUGAUGCACAUGCGCGGGACGCCGGCGACCAUGGCCGGGCUGGCCGAGUACCCGGCGGCGGAGGGCGGGCUGAUCGGGGGCAUCGCGCGCGAGCUGGUGCAGCGGGUGCGGGCGGCCGAGGAGGCCGGGGUGCGCCGCUGGCGCAUCGUGCUGGACCCCGGCCUGGGGUUUGCCAAGGUGGGCAGGCAGAAUGUUGAUGUGUUGCGGCAUUUGGACGAGUUGAGGGCGUGGCCCGGCCUGCAGGGCUUGCCGUGGCUGGUUGGGUCGAGUCGCAAGAGCUUUGUGGGGAGGGUUACCGGGGUGCCGACGCCGAAGGAGCGGAUUUGGGGCACGGCGGCGACGGUGGCGGCUGCGGUGCAGGGGGGUGCGGAUGUGGUGAGGGUGCAUGAUGUGAAGGAGAUGGCGCAGGUGGUGGCGAUGGCGGAUGCGAUUUGGAGGUAUUAG